AUGAAGGGUCUCUACUCUGCUGUGUUGGCUUCGGCCAUCGCUGGCGCUUUCGCUGCCCCUAGCCCUGUUGAGCAGGGUCCCGUCACUGCACGCGCUGCUAUGGCUGCUUGUGCCACGCCCGUCACCCUCAGCGGCAACCCCUUCAAAUCUCGCUCCAUCUAUGCCAACAAGGAGUACUCAAAGGAGGUCAUCGCUGCUGCUGCCUCCAUGACCGACAGCGCCUUGGCGGCGAAGGCCUCCAAGGUUGCCCAGGACAACCUCAAGGACGUUCCCUGCGAUCAGCUCGCCGCAUUCGUCAUUUACGACCUCCCCGGCCGUGACUGCGCAGCCAAGGCCUCCAAUGGUGAGCUCGCUGCUGGAGACAUCACAACCUACAAGAGCGAGUACAUCGACCCCAUCGUGGACAUCUUCAAGAAGUACCCCAACACCGCCAUCGCCCUUGUCAUUGAGCCGGAUUCGCUCCCCAACCUCGUCACCAACGCCGACAAGCAGGCCUGCAAGGACUCUGCCUCCGGCUACCGUGAAGGUGUCGCCUAUGCCCUCAAGAAGCUCAACCUGCCCAACAUCGCCAUGUACAUCGAUGCCGGCCACGGCGGCUGGCUCGGCUGGAACGACAACCUCAAGCCUGGCGCCAAGGAGCUCGCGACCGUCUUCAAGAACGCUGGCUCCCCCAAGCAGGUCCGCGGCAUCAGCACAAACGUUGCCGGCUGGAACGCCUGGGACCUCUCGCCUGGCGAGUUCUCCAAGGCCACCGACGCGCAGUGGAACAAGUGCCAGAACGAGAAGACGUACGUCGAGACCUUCGGGCCUUUGCUCAAGGAUGCCGGCAUGCCCGGCCAGGCCAUCGUCGACACGGGCCGCAACGCCGUCACGGGUCUGCGCAAGGAGUGGGGCGACUGGUGCAAUGUCAAGGGCGCUGGCUUUGGUGUCCGUCCGACAGGCACGACUGGGUCGUCCUACGCCGAUGCGUUUGUGUGGGUUAAGCCCGGUGGUGAGAGCGAUGGCACGAGUGAUACGAGCGCGACCCGCUACGACAGCUUCUGCGGCAAGGACGACGCGUUCAAGCCUGCGCCGGAGGCUGGGCAGUGGAACCAGGCCUACUUCGAGGACUUGAUCAAGAACGCAAAGCCGUCUUUCUAAGCGCGUGGGGCGGUGCCAACAGU